AUGGCUUUAGUAACCCUGCAGCGCUCUCCUACCCCCAGCGCUGCCUCAUCCGCCAGCACCGCAACCACCAACGCGGGGGAGGAUUUUGGGAGUGAUGAUGAGCGACGGUUAAAUCAGAGUCUAAGUGAAAGCUUCUUCAUGGUGAAGGGAGCUGCCCUCUUCUUGCAGCAGGGGAGCAGUUCACAGGGACAGAAACCACACCCCCAUCACAAACAUGCAGGCGACUUACCUCAGCACCUGCAGGUGAUGAUCAACAUUCUUCGUUCAGAAGACAGAAUCAAAUUGGCGGUACGGUUAGAGAGUGCGUGGUCUGACCGUGUGCGGUACAUGGUAGUGGUCUACACCAGUGGUCGACAGGACACAGAGGAGAACAUAUUGCUGGGGAUGGAUUUUAGCAACAAAGACAGUAAAAACUGCUCCAUCGGGAUGGUGUUGCCGCUGUGGAGUGACACAAAGAUUCAUUUGGACGGGGACGGGGGUUUCAGUGUGAGCACGGCUGGCCGCACACAUAUCUUCAAACCUGUGUCUGUCCAGGCCAUGUGGUCUGCCCUACAGAUCCUUCACAAAGCCUGUGAGAUAUCGCGUCGGUAUAACUACUUCCCCGGCGGCAUGGCCCUCACCUGGAUGGGAUACUACGAGAGCUGUAUUACCUCAGAACAGAGCUGCAUUAACGAAUGGAAUGCCAUGCAGGACCUGGAGACCAUGCGGCCUGACUCUCCUGUUCUGUUCGUCGACAAACCAACAGAGAGAGAGAGAACCGAAUGCCUCAUCAAAGCCAAGCUCAGAAGUAUCAUGAUGUCCCAGGACCUGGAGAACGUCACUUCCAAAGAGAUUCGUAAUGAGCUGGAACAGCAGAUGAAUUGUAACUUGAAAGAGUACAAAGAGUUCAUUGACAACGAGAUGCUACUGAUCCUGGGUCAGAUGGACAAAGCCACGCUCAUAUUUGACCAUCUUUACCUGGGAUCUGAAUGGAACGCCUCUAACCUGGAGGAGCUCCAGGACUCAGGGGUGGGUUACAUCCUGAACGUCACCCGGGAGAUCGACAACUUCUUCCCUGGGACCUUCUGCUACCACAACGUUAGGGUAUACGACGAGGAGGCCACCGACCUGCUCGCCCACUGGAACGACACCUACAACUUCAUCAUGAAAGCAAAGAAGAACCACUCCAAGUGUCUCGUCCACUGCAAAAUGGGCGUCAGUCGGUCGGCCUCCACGGUGAUAGCCUACGCCAUGAAGGAGUACGGGUGGUCCCUGGAGAAAGCCUACAAUUUCGUCAAACAGAAACGAAGCAUCACCCGGCCCAACGCCAGUUUCAUGAGACAGCUGGCAGAGUACGAGGGCAUCUUGGAUGCCAGUAAACAGCGACAUAACAGGCUAUGGCAGCCUGACUCAGACUGUGAUCACCCUGACUGCCAGCAGGGGGCAGCACAGUGCUGUGCCGUGGAGGGCCUGAGUAACGUGUCGCCCGACCCGGUGACCCCGGGUGCCACGCCCUGCUGUGAGGAAGGGGCUCAUUCCUCUCCUUGCAUCGGAUUGGAGGUUGACCCCUCCAGCCCGCCCAACUAUAACUACUACUUCCGCCGCUUGUCAGACUCUGCGUUGGACAGCGACCCGUCCACGCCCGUGCGGGCCCCGCCCUUACUGGACGUGGACAGAGUCUUCAUUGAAAUCGAGGACGUUGAACGGGAUGCCUUGCUGGAUGAGGGGCCCCCUCUGCCUCAUUUCGGGGUGCUCGGGGAGGGGACCGCCGCCCAGACGUGUUCGAGGGGGGCGGAGUCUCUGGAGGAGCUCCGCCUACGCUUGGAGUUCAGCACCGUCGAAGAGGAAGAUGAAGAGGAGGCUCAGAAAGAGGAGGCGGAGAUGGAAGCCUUGGCCCAGCCGGGAGGACUGGGACGACCAAUAGAGGGAGAGGGAGGGGGCAAAGAAGACGAAGAGGAGGAGGAGGAGGAGGAGAUGGAGGAGAGCGGCGUCGACAUGGCAACGCUGAACCACCUCUGCAACCAAAACUCUAACAACAACAAUCACCUCAGAACACGCCAGAGCCUUGCUGUGAGUAGUAAAGUCCGUCCUGCUUUGAGUUCCCCCUCCAACUGCAGAUCCAGUAAGAGUUGUAGUUCUGAGAGUGUGGAUAGCGGACGCAGCGUAAAAGGCCUUAAUGCCCCGCCCCACAAUGCUGUACCCAGCAUCUCUGUAGAGGUGCCGUCCUACUCCACCACGCCCUCCUCCACUCCAGGCCUCCGCCAGACCUGCGGCCCCCAGUGUGACUGUGCCAAGUGCGGCGUCGGGCCGUCGGUCGCGUGCCUUGACGUCGUUUCUCCGCCUGCGUGCCACCGUGACGAGGCGGACGGCGCGUCUCAGGCCUCCGACCCUCUCCAGAAAGCGGAGGGCGACGUUAACCUAAAGGGGGAUGUUGAUAAUGGUGAUAAUGGUGAUAACGGCGACGGUAACAGGGAGGCGGAGAGGGUAGGGGAGAACUCCCAAGGCCCUCCCCCAGAGGGGAGCGCGGGAAACGCGGGGGGACAGGAGACCCUUGCGCAGCUCCAGAGGUCCGGGCUCGUCCGCCGUCGCGCGGAGCGGCUGGAAAAGCUCUCCGGCCUCUUCCAGGAGAGAGCGCGCGCUCACGAGCAGCAGGGAAAAGCCGCCGGCGUUCCCAAAAGCCACGAGGGGGCGGACCGCCCCUCCGCCCUGUUGGAACUGUUUCCCAAGGCCUCCGGCGGGCCGAGGCACGACCCGUCGGCGGACGCGGCGGCGCUGGCGGCGCCGCUGACCAACGAGGCCCUGCUGGCCGCUCUGGGCACGGGCGGCCCGACGCCGGUGUCGUCGCCUCACGGGUCGAGCUUGACCCGCAGCUCCAGCAGCGACAGCCUGCGCAGCGUGCGGGGGAAACCGGGCCUGGUCCGGCAGCGGGCGCAGGAGAUCGAGGCCCGCAUGAGGCUGGCGGGCCUCACGGUGCCCUCCCGUCUCAAACGCUCCAACUCGCUGGCCAAGCUCGGCAGCCUCACCUUCUCCUCCGAGGACCUGUGCUCCGCGUGCUCUUCCGACGCCGGCACCCUCCUGCUCCAUUCCCUCUCCCCGGAGCUGGAGCUGGGGGCCAGCCCCGACUGGGAACAUCCCGGGCAACUGUCCAGCGCGGACCACGCCAGCCUGGGUCAAACGAUGCCUGGAGAGUCCAAGAGCUGA